AGAAUACGCUUCACAUAAACUAACUGUUUACACUAAGCUCCAUAGUCUUAAUAGUUAGGGUGAUAUCUGCUGGACAUAAAGCAGGGGUUCCUCUUAGUUUUGAUUUCAAAUGUCUUACAUAUUGUUCAGCGGUCGGUUCUUUUUUGUCUCGUAAAUUUAAAAAGUAGCUACCAAAUCCAGACAACUGAUUACCAUUCAUAUCUAAGUAUCAACCACUUAGUUUUGUAUUAAAUAUACCAUCUGAAAGGUGAAAGUAAUGUGACAAUAGAUUAAUACGUUUGAAAUUUGGAUUCAUGACCUAUCAGAUUCUGGCAUUUACUGUUGUAGAAAAUAUUCGAUUAUACUGAAUUGAUUCGCAUGUAGAAUUCAGAAAUAAACGUUUCUAUUGUAUAAUAUUAAUCUGUUUAUUUAGCUAUCAGAGGAGAAAAUUAAAGUAAUUCUACGUGCUGGAACCCAAAAACCAUGUGAACACGAUCGGGUCAUUGUCGACAUCUCACUUGUUGUUGAUACCAAAGUGAUCUUUCAGAACCAGAAUAUUACUUUUGAUGUGGGGCAUGCAGAGGAUUUUGGAGUUAUGAAAGUUGUCGAUAAUAUAGUCCAAGACAUGGGCUGUGGGGAACAGUGUGAAGUAACUCUUACAUCUGACUACACCUUCACAGAUUUGGAGAAGGAAUUUUUGAAAAUCGAUGAUGCAUGUUUUCACAAAAUAUUGUUUAACAUAUAUCUCCAAGAUGUCAAAAAGCUUGCCGAGUUUUGGCAAAUGUCUGAAAGUGAAAAGUUUAUUGUUGCUGAUGUGAUGAAAUGUCGUGGUAAUAAACUUCUAAAUACUGGACUGUUGGUUCGUGCAUUCAAUUGCUACAAAAAAGCUAUUAGAAUCUUAGAGGGAAGCAUCAGUGUGACUGACCGUAACUAUACCGAUCAAACGAUGCCAGAUUAUCAGUUGUCGAAACCUAGCCCACGUCAGUUAUUAGCUAUUUGCCUAUCGAACGCAGCCCAUUGCCUGUUUAAAUUUGGGACAACACGCACUGUCAAUCUGAAGAAGUCUCAAUUCGAUUACCUUUCUGCAUGUAUUAAAUGCUGUGAGCGAGCAGUCAGUCUUGAACCAAACUACAUAAAGGCUUGGUUCCGUAUAGCCAAAGUUCAUGCUUUAUUAGGGAACUAUGAAGAAGCGCUUACAACUGGACAAAAGUGUCUUACAUGUUCUAUCGAUAAAAACACAUAUGACUCUAAAUGGAUUAGCGUCGAUGAACGCACAAAAGUGGAUAUCAGCAACAAGCUAAAGAAACUGCUAUCGAAAUGGCGCGCUUCAUUAGAUAGUGAAGAAAAAAUCGAAAGAUCGAUUAUUCGGGACCGAACAAUUAAAAAGUACUCAUCUUAUGGAGAUUGGUGCUAUGAUGAACUGGAUGAAAUAGAAAAAUUGCCUAUUUCAGUAUGGUCGAAUGAUCUAGCAGAGAAUAUGAUGUCUCUUCAUGAAGAGCUUGAAGCGUUUGGAGAAAAAAUGCCUGAAUUUGAGGCUUGCCGAACAAGGGGUAAAGGUCGAUUAACAACAAUUCACGAUGAAGACAGUUUCCAAGAAAAUAUGGCUUAA